UUCAGGGGCGGGCAUUUCCGAGCACCGUUGUUCCGGUUGCUGGUUUUAUUCCCACCUCUGACCCUCUCCCUUCCAGGCCACAGAGCCAGUUCUUUGGGGGGCUGCACCAUGGUUCGUGUGCCGGGACGCCUCGCGCCUUUCACGUGUCUUCUCCUCCUCUUCUUCCACCUGAACCCGGGUGCGGCCGACACGCCGGCCAACUGCACCUAUGAAGACCUGCAAGGCUCCUGGGUCUUCCAGGUGGGUCGGGGCCAGGCGGGUCCCUACCGGCGCAUUAACUGCUCCGAUCCUGGACCGGUGGAAGGGGAAAUAACUGUGACCCUUCAAAAACUCGAUGUCGCCCAGGACAGUCUAGGGAACUACGGCUUCUUCACACUAAUAUACAACCAAGGCUUCGAGGUUGUGUUGAACAACUACAAGUGGUUUGCAUUUUUUAAGUAUAAAGAAGAAGGCUCCAAUGUAACCAGUUACUGCCAUGAAACUUUACCAGGAUGGGUCCAUGAUGUGCUAGGCCAUAAUUGGGCAUGUUUCACUGGACAUAAGAUCUCCCCUUCUCCCUCUAGUGUUCGUGUAAAUCAGCUGCCUUUUGGGAAAACACACAGAAAAUCUCUGCAGAAGACCUAUAUCAACAAUUUCAACUUCGUGGAAGCCAUCAACACUGUCCAGAAGUCUUGGAAGGCAACAACCUAUGAGGAAUAUGAAGCCCUCACCUUAGAAGAUAUUGUUCGGAGAGCUGGUGGAUUGAGUUCCAGAUUUCCAAGGCCCAAACCUGCUCCUCUGACAGCAGAUGUGAUCAAAGAAGUUUAUAGUCUGCCAAAAUCGUGGGACUGGAGGAAUGUGAAUGGUGUGAAUUAUGUCAGCCCAGUACGAAACCAAGCAUCCUGUGGCAGCUGCUAUGCCUUUGCCUCCAUGGGCAUGCUGGAAAGUAGGAUUCGUAUCCUCACUAACAAUUCACAGACUCCAACACUCAGCCCCCAAAAGGUUGUGUCCUGCAGUCAGUAUUCCCAAGGUUGUGAUGGAGGGUUCCCUUACCUUAUUGCUGGCAAAUACGCUCAGGAUUUUGGUGUGGUUGAAGAGGACUGCUUCCCUUACACAGCCACGGAUUCCCCUUGCAAUUUUACGCACAGCUGUUACCACUAUUAUGCCACUAACUACUACUAUGUUGGUGGGUUUUAUGGUGGAUGCAAUGAAGCUCUAAUGAAACUGGAACUUGUGAAGCAUGGACCCAUGGCCGUUGCUUUUGAAGUAUAUAGUGACUUCAUGCAUUACAGAGGGGGGAUCUACCAUCACACGGGGCUGAUGGAUCCAUUCAAUCCUUUUGAAUUGACCAAUCACGCUGUCCUCCUGGUGGGUUAUGGUACUGACCCGGAGACCGGGGAGCCCUUCUGGAUUGUGAAGAACAGCUGGGGACCCGCUUGGGGUGAGCAGGGUUACUUCAGGAUCCGCAGAGGAACGGAUGAAUGUGCCAUAGAAAGCAUAGCAGUGGCUUCCACCCCAAUUCCUAAAUUGUAACUGCCAUGAAUUUCAUGUGAUACCUUCCCAGGAAGCAAGUGUCCAUCAUAAACAUGGAGCAAAUUAUGAUUGUAAUUCAAAGAAUUCAAUUUCAACUUUUUCAGCUUUAAAGAAUCAGUUUUUAUCAAAGAAUUAAAGGGAAAUGAAAUAUAUGGUGCAUAUUCAAAAGGAGAUUAAAGGUAGUGUGCUGUUGAAAGAGCUGUGGAUGAAAACCAUGUUGAUGUGAGUUCUAUAGGUGCUCAAGCAUAGCACUUGUGAUAUGAUCUUAGCCACUGUGAUUGAAGAUAAAUACCACACUAAACCGUUGCUUAACUGUGGUUUUGUGGGGCAGAUUCAAAAGCCAUGGAGGGUCUGUGAUAGGUGCUAAUUAUAGUUUGACAUAAUGACAAAAUAAAAUGACAAUGGUUCCAUCUCAGAGGGUUAUUAUCCAUGAAAGAAAAAGGCUGAACAGAUUGGAAAUACAAUCAAACAUGAUAUAUUUAAUAAAAGCAUGCAUGUGGACAUUCAAGCCAUGGUUUGCAUCCUCAGCCAUGUUAACACACACUAUGGUUUGAACUGAGCCUUUCUUCAAGAUUAACCCAACAUGGCUUGAUAAAAUAGGGCAAACCCAUUUUUAACUUUUGAAUUUCAUGGAAGAAAUGCAAGGAACAGAAUAGGUUAAAUGUUUACAGUCCAGCUGUAAAUUUUCCAAAUAGUUAUAAUACUAUAAGUGCAAUAAGUGUUGAUAUUAACUGACUUGUUCUCUCUGGACAGUCUUUUUAUGCUUGGCUUCUGCCAAAAAUAUUUUAAAAUUUGAAUUUAUUGUGCCUUAAAGGGAAAAUGAAGAAAUUUGGAAGUAUAAUACAAAGCAACUGUAAAGGGCAUCAUAUUAUUGCACUGUGAUCUCUUUAAAAAGGGAAUCUAUCUGAAUCUUUCUUAUACUUGGUAUGUCAAUAUUCGCCUGACAAUCAUAUCUUACUAUCUUUCUAUUCUGAAUCUGGCUUGCUCCAUAUUCAGUGUUUAUAUGCAAUUCUGAAAUAAAGAGAUCUUCCCUUGUUGGUGUAGGAAUUCUUCA